UAAGGUAGUUCCUCAUUUAACUAAACAUUCCUUUCACUCUAUGGAGAAUCCUUAAGUAAAAUAAUAAAAUUAUUACUGUAUGAUUGCAACGUUGAUAAUGCAUAUUUGUCAUGUGUUACUCACUACCGCCACCUUUUUGGGGCUCUAUACGAAUAUUGUGCGCUCCAAGGAAUGGUGGGAUGGCGCCAAUUACUAUCAAAUAUAUCCGCGUUCUUUUCAGGAUAGCAAUGGAGAUGGGAUCGGUGAUUUGAACGGCGUAACAGAGAAACUGCAAUAUCUUAAGGAUAUCGGCUUUACGGCUGCUUGGCUCUCGCCCAUUUUCAAAUCUCCAAUGGUUGACUUCGGCUACGAUAUCUCCGAUUUCUAUGCCAUACAGCCCGAGUACGGCACUAUGGAGGAUUUCAAGGCGCUCGUUGCACGUGCCAAACAAGUAGGCAUCCGCAUUAUACUCGACUUUGUGCCGAACCACACCAGUGAUGAGUGCGAAUGGUUUGUGAAGUCGGUCAAUCGUGAACCAGGCUAUGAAGACUUCUAUGUGUGGAACAAUGGCACAGUAGAUUCAAAUGGUAAACGUCAACCACCCAGCAAUUGGAUAAGCGCUUUUCGCUAUAGCGCCUGGGAAUGGAAUGAGCAGCGUCAGCAAUACUAUCUGCAUCAGUUCGCUAUUAAGCAAGCAGAUUUGAAUUUCCGCAACCCACUAGUGGUGGCGAAGAUGAAAGAGGUUAUGAGUUAUUGGUUGGAUACGGGCAUUUCAGGAUUUCGCAUUGAUUCGAUACCCUUCCUUUUCGAAAAGGGGCCAGAUAAGAAUGGUAAUUUUCCUGACGAACCAGUCAUUGACGAUGUGAGUGUAUGUCCAGACCCAAAUGAUUGGUGUCAUCUGAAUCAUACGUAUACACAAGAUCAACCGGAGUCCAUUGAAAUGGUGUAUCAGUGGCGUGAAUUGGUGGAGCAGUAUAGGAAGGAGAAAGGCGGUGAAUCACGCGUUUUAUUGACAGAGGCUUAUACUACUUUUGAGAAUUUGAUGUUGUCCUAUGGAGAUGGACAACGAAAUGGAUCGAUGGUGCCAUUCAAUUUCUAUUUCAUGACUAAUGUGAAGAACGAUUCGUCAGCGCAAGAAAUUGUGGAUAUCAUUGAACGUUGGAUGCAAAGUAUGCCAGCAGGUGUGUCGGCUAACUGGGUGCUGGGCAAUCAUGAUAAUCCACGCUAUUCGACGCGAUUGGGUGUACAGCGUGCUGAUCUGUUUGCGAUACUACUGCAGACUUUGCCAGGAAAUGCGGUGACCUACUAUGGCGAAGAACUAUGCAUGGAGGAUGGCGAGGUAACAUGGGAGCAAACGGUCGACCCACAAGGCUGCAAUGCUGACCCCAGCAACUAUCAGAACUACUCGCGGGAUCCCGCUCGCACACCCUAUCAAUGGGACGCCUCUAAAAAUGCUGGCUUUUCUACCGCCGACCGCCCUUGGCUGCCAGUCGCCAGUAAUUAUCGCACAAAUAAUGCGCUGGCCCAGUUGCGCGCACCAAAAAGUCAUCUGCAGAUAUUUAUGAAAUUAAUUCGCCUACGCAAAUUACGCUCUCUACAAGAUGGCCCACUUAAGAUAAAGGCCAUUGGCAAUGACAUUAUCAUUUAUUCACGUGAGAUAUCAGGUGAUGAUUUAUUUGUGAUUGUGUUAAAUCUCGGUGGCACACCACAAAGUUUGAAUAUAAAUGAACACUUCAAUAUGGGCUCUCAAGCGGAGGUGAUAACAUCGUCAUUGCAGUCGGCAUAUCACGAUGGUGAUAUCGUUGAUCCCAAGAAAUAUGUGGCCGAACCAUAUGUAGGCGUAAUUUUGGCGAAAGUUUAAGAGUUCCUGCCGCAAUGAUGGAACAACUCAGAUGCAAGGAUGUGAUUUUACUUAUUUGUAAAUAUGUACAUGUAUGCAUAUAUAUAUAUUUAUAUAGUUUGUUUGCGCAAUAAUAAAAGUUGAAAUAAGUAUUUUUUGCAAAAUACAUUUCAAUUUCUCGUUUCGCAAUGCAAAGUUAAACCUCGCGCACAAAAAGCAAUAAUAAAUAAAUGAAAAAUGCCAGA